CGACGGGGGACGUCCGUUAGGAUUCAGUUGUAAAUAGAACGCGGCGCUGAGUAGUUCCUGCGGUACGGAGUGAGUGACACAUCUGUCCUACCACGUGACAUUACGAUACCUGUUGCUGCCUCGCUUUAAGUCAUUCUCUUUAAAAAACCAUUGUUUUUUGUCUUUGGUCUGGACUCUCGUUGUGUUGAAGACAUGAUUUACAAGUACACAAACAUGUUCUAAUCAACACAGUUUGAUCGACACAUUAAAAGUGCAGGCCGGGAGUGUUAUUUAGUACUUCUAGUGUUGAUCAAGUUGUCUACAUAGAUCUAGUGUGACCCGAGCCAGCUGUGUCACUCGACUUUAGGUCAGGUGAUUAUCGUGCCUCUUGUACGAGUGAGUUCCCCUCGCGGACAUACUAAACAUUAAACAGAUCAGAGACUAAUAUAGAAGGAGCUGUUCUCGGUGUGGAUUAUUUGGCAAGAGUUGGCAAGAGUAUAGCAGACGACAUGAGGUUGUCGUUCCUUUCAUUAACCUUGACAUUGGUCGUUAUCUUCACCUCUGCAGAUAAGCUCGUUGAUGAGUGUACUCCACGACAGGUUCAUAUAUCUUACGGCAAACUGACCACAGAGUUCGUGAUUGUUUGGUCAACUGUUGGUCAGUGCACAGCAGUGGUACACUAUGGUACAGGGCCGUGGAGUUUAAAUCAACAAGAAACUGGAAAGAGCGUUCAGUUCAAUGAAAAUAUAAGUGGCUUGAAAUGGCUGCAUAGAGUUCUCUUGCAGCAACUCGAAUUUGGGACGACAUAUUUCUACUCACCAAAUAGUGACAGAUCCAGUGCAGCGUCUAGAUUUUUCUUCAAAACAUCUCCCAGCAAUUCGUCCCUACCAGUUGAGCUGUUGGUUGUUAGUGAGCUGAACAGUUCGUCGUCUGCUAGAACUUUUAUGAUCGACGAAGCUCAGAAAGGGAAAUUGUCUGCCAUACUCCACACUGGCAACAUAGCCUUGAACUUGAGCUCAGAGAACGGAACGGUCGGAGAUGAAUAUUUGAAACGUAUAGAGCCAGCUGUUGCAGUUGUACCAUAUCUAGUUUCCCCGGGACCUAAUGAAGUUGAAGAAGAAACCUUCACCCAUUAUCUACACAGAUUCUCAAUGCCUGAUACAGAAUGGCCAAUGAGUAUUGACAAGAUGUGGUACAGUUUGGACUUAGGACCUGUUCAUUUAAUUAGUUUUUCCUCAGAAGUCUUCUACUUGAAAGAUAAUAAAUAUGCAACAGCUCAACACAAUUGGCUCAUCAAAGAUUUGGAAGCUGCUGGGAAAAACAGACAGAAUGUUCCAUGGCUAAUAGCAUUCGGAAAUCGACCUUUCUAUUGCACUUAUGAAAAUCCACGUCUUGACUGCAAUCAGAAAAAAUCUAAUAUUAAGACAGGACUUGAAGACAUAUUCUUUCAUUAUGGUGUUGAUCUUGUCAUUCAGUCCUAUGGUGGAGCCUAUGAAAGAACAUAUCCCAUGUUGAAAAAUGUAGCAACUGCUACAAACUACUCUAAUCCUAAUGGACCUGUCUAUAUAAUUAGUGGAAGUGCUAAUCACUAUGAUCUAGAAUAUAAUUUUACAGACCCUGCACCUAACUGGUCUGCAUUCCGCUUUGUUAAUGAGUCAGUAUUGACUGUGGGAAGGCUUCGUGUAGUGAAUGCCAGUGUUUUGGAAUAUGAGCAAGUCAAUGUCCAAGAUAGCAGUGUAAUUGACACCUUUGUGAUCCAACAAGAGCAUCAUGGCCAGUUUUCUAUGCAGGACUUGUCUUCCAACAUCGUGGCAGAGGUGGACAAAAACAUUGUGGAUGCUGGCGGGAAGCCAGGUCAUCUCAAUAUUGAUGAACUGAAAGCCCCCAAGUCUCCAGUAGAGGCUCUCUUAGAAGGAGAUACCAAAUUAAGAAUUAUUAUUGGUGGCAGCUGUGCUGGGGUUGCUGUGAUUCUGGUUUCUAUGUUUAUUUUUGCCAAGAAGUGCAAGAGAAAGAGUAAAUCCACAAGGCGCUGGGAACAAAUGGAUAUUAAUUAUGGGAAAAAGUUCUAUACCAAGGCCCCAGAGAAGGAUGAAGAUAAUGACUUUGAGAUUGAUAUGAGUGAAGGAACAGAGCCCACAAGAAAACUUUUGAAUGCUGAUAAUUAGGUCCAAAUUGAUAUGAGCGAAGGAUCAGAGCUGACAAGGAACCUUUUGAAUGCUGAUAAUUAGGUCUAAAUGUAGGUAUAGCAAAGUGGUCAGCCGUCUUGGAUGAAUGUUAAUAACUCGUUGUAAGUCUGGUGUUUUAGCUGGUCUCCGAUGAUACACAUUGUGAAUUUAUUGUUUUGAAUGCUUUUAAUGAAUGUGAAUCACUAUAUCAGCUGCAGAAGUGGAAUGCAUUUGAUGUUAUUCAUUGUCAGAGUUAAUGAGAGAUCUUACAGUAAUGUUAUUUUUUGAAUUGUAUUUUCAUGUCACAAGUGAAUGAAGUUUGGUUAAAAUGGUCCAUUAAAGAAAGCAAACAAAAUACUCUUUCAAAAUUUGCUGAAUUAAUAUUUCAUCGUGUUUUGCUGUUGUUGUUUUUUCAUUUAAAUGUUUCUUUUGUGUCUAUAUUCACUUGACUUAAUAGAAACAGUUCUAUUUCUGACCUGUUAAAUUUUGCCACAGUUACAAAUAUUCAUCUCAUUAACAGAUGUAUAAAUCACAAUUAGCGACAUUCCCUUGUCAGCAUCUCCAUUUUUCUUUCCCGCAACACAUUGUCUAUUAUAAUCGAUCUACAAGAAAAGCUUCACCACAUCUGAACUAUAUAUUUUUUUUUAAAUAAAAAUCUAAUUUGGUAGACAAGACAAUCCCAUAAAAUCAUAUCUCGAUUGAUUAUUUAUUGAUUAACUCUUUCUCUCAUAACUGACGAUACCAACAUUGAUUCCACCAGAAUGUGGUAAAUAAUUAUGGAGAGAAAGAGUUAAAAGUUGUUUUAGAAAUCACACUUACAUAUGUAUUAGGUUUUAUGAUUCAGACCUUUAUUUAAAGAAAUGCUACUUGUACAAAUCACAUUUUAUAAAGUAAUUUUGACUUUCAUGAAUGUAAAAAUGUUUGAUAUUUUUUUGUACGUUUUCAUGAGUUCUUUUUGUUUAUUUACAUUGUGUCUUGUGGAGGGUUUCAACCUUUUCAGGUCUUAUUGAAUGUCUUGGGUAUAUAGAUGUGCUUUUGUUUCAAUCAAUAAUUUUAGCAUGAUGGUCUUUAAGUUUAAGUCAGAUGUGCACAAACUUUUUUUCCGCCUGAAGUACAUUAUAGCCAGCCUCAUCAUGGCAAAAGUUUCAUCUUCUUUUUUGAAGUAACAUCUGUAUUAUAUAAGAUAAUAUAAAAAAAAUCUUCAAUUAUUAUGUAUUGUGGGAAAAUUUUGAGGGGCCACAUAGCACAGGGUUAAUGGCUGGAUUUGGAGUUAGUGCCUUAUUGGCAUAUGCUAAGCUGAUUGAGAAAUAGUAAAUUACUGUAGAGCUAAACUGAAAAGCUGCCUAAAAAAUAAGUUUGGUACCUUCACAAUAAACCACUUUGUGGCUAUAAUAAUUUUGGUAACAAAUUUUCAUUUAAAGCCUCAGUGAUGAGUUUACUGAAACAUGGUUUCUUUUUGCUCAUGUAAAAAUUAGUUUUGACAAAAUAUUAAAGACAUUAACUAUUACUAAUAUUUGAGAGGAUAACUACUGACAAUAUUUGUUUUCUUUUGUGUACAGUCUUUUUUUUAUUUUUUAUUUUCAUCUUUAUUAAAUGACAUGGCAGGGCAAAGUGCAAUUUCUUAGAAUUACUAGUCUCCCUUUUCUGUGUAUAUAAUUAUAAUUAUGUAUUUAUCUGAACAUAAAACUAUGAAUAUCAAAAUCUUGAAAUGUACAUUUAAAUUUUUUUAAGUGCCUUAAAAUUAUAUUUUAAUCCCUUAAUUGUUUU